AUGCCUCUGUCUUUCCUGUAUGAGAGAAAUAGCAAAUGUGUUUUUAAUGUCUGCUUCCCUCCUCUUCCCCCGACCUCUCCCCUGCUGCCAUUCAGCAUCUGUAACUGUGUUUACAAGCAUUUAGAAUAUUUACUGUGUGUUAAAAAAUUGUGUCUGGUAGCUGACCACCAUUCUGCAGGAGGAGAUUGGGCUGUGCUAUUUGCUUCUUUGCAUCAGCCAAGGCCGCAGGUUUUCAAGAGAAAGAGGAAAAGGGCAGACUGGCUGGCAAGUCGAGCACUGGCUUUGGUUUUGCCGCUGGUAUCUUUGUCCAGACUUGAAUAUGUUCUCUGCUGCUCUGAAAUGGUCUUCUCUCCAGACAUGACCUCCAUUCCCAGCAGACCCAGGAGUUUCCUCUGA